AUGCAACCACCUCCCAUUUCCCCUCUCUCUUUCUCCCUCUCUCUCUCUCUCUUCUUUCUACAUUUCUCUCUCUCCUUCCUCCCUUUCUUUCUCCUUUCUCCCUUUAUAUCUCUCUCCUUUCUCCCUUACUGUCUAUUCUCUUUCCUUUCUUUCUCUGCCUCUAACUUUUCUCCCUUUCUCUCUCUCCUUUCUUUCUCUCCUCAUCUCUUAUCUUCCUUUUUCUUUCUCUUUCUUCAUCCGAUUCGCUCCAUCCCCCUUUCUCUUUCUCUCCUUUAUACCUUUCCCUCUCCCCCUUUCUCCUUUCUCCCUUUCUCCAUUUAUCUCUCUCCUUUCUCUCUUUCUUUCUCUUUCUCCUUUCCCCGUUUAUAUCUCACCCCUUUCUCCCUUUAUAUCUCUCCCUAUUCUCUUUCUCCUUUCUUUCUCUUCCUCUAUCGUUUCUCUCUUUAUUUCUCUUCCUCUCACUUUUCUUCCUCUCUCUCUCCUUUCUCCCUUUCUCUCCCUAGCGCCUUUCUCUUUCUAUCUUUCUUAUUUCUCUCUUUCUCAUUUCUCUCUUCCCCUCCCUUUCUUCCUCUCCCUAUAUCAUUCUCCCUUUCUCACUCUCUCUUUUUUCUCACCCUAUCUCUUUUCUCCCUUUUUUCUCUCUCUCCUUUCUCCUCUUCUCUCUCUCUCCAUCUUUUCAUUUUCUCUCCCUCUCCCAUUCUCUCACUUUCUUUAAUUUCUGGCAUUGAUUUAUUGUUUGUUUCUUUCUUUUCUGAGCCACCAUGA